AUGGAAUUAGUUGAUGAACAGGAAGACAACAAUGAUAAAGAGUCGGUAGACAGAAAGAAUGAUGAAGAUAUGGAAUUAGUUGAUGAACAGGAAGAGCAGAAGACAACAAUGAUAAAGAGUUGGUAGACAGAGAGAAUGAUGAAGAUAUGGAAUUAGUUGAUGGACAGGAAGAGCAGGAAGACAACAAUGAUAAAGAGUCGGUACACAGAAAGAAUGAUGAAGAUAUGGAAUUAGUUGAUAAACAGGAAGAGCAGAAGACAACAAUGAUAAAGAGUCGGUAGACAGAAAGAAUGAUGAAGGUAUGGAAUUAGUUGAUGAAUAGGAAGAGCAGAAGACAACAAUGAUAAAGAGUCGGUAGACAGAAAGAAUGAUGAAGAUAUGGAAUUAGUUGAUGGACAGGAAGAGCAGGAAGACGACAAUGAUAAAGAGUCGGUACACAGAAAGAAUGAUGAAGAUAUGGAAUUAGUUGAUGAACAGGAAGAGCAGAAGACAACAAUGAUAAAGAGUUGGUAG